AUAAAAGCCACAGGCGACCUGUGUCACUCGCAGUACACUCCACUUCACAUCGGCUCAUACACUGGCUGUUCACCCGAAUCCAGAAAGAUGGCGACAUUCCUGAACUUCGUACUGGUCAUCUGUGUGUCCACAUGCGUCCACGGUUUCGACAUGAGUGGUCGUAUCGACACGGAUAAGAAUAUCUUCGUCAUGUCGACACCUUACUAUGGCUUGUACGGAAUACAUACAUUCACCUACGAAAUCUCCUUCCCCGAGAUGUACGGACCAGUGAAUCUGUUGGCGUUCCCAAAGAAGGAAAUGAGCAUGACAAUGAAUUCCAAUAAAAGCUGCGCCGCCGCUAACUUCCACUGGCACCGCACCCUCCACUCAUCCGAGCCGAGCUGUCAACACAACGGCGACGACAUUUAUGGCCGUAUGAUUAAAUGCAACGGUCGCUUCGAUCUUACUGACUACAGCGGCGAAGAAUUUUACUUCGCCAUCUCCAACUGCAACGGCGGGGGUAUCAAGGCGACUCACUACUUCCUGAUGGACGGAAUGGAGGUCAGAGCAUCAGCAUCCUCCCCAGCCUCCGCCUCCAGCACCAACUACAUGCUGGCUUUCAUUGCUGCCGCAACAGCUCUCCUCCGAAAGUAGAUUACGAGCAUUCGUAGGAUAGUGGACGAACCAUGCUCUGUUUUUUUAAAUGCUCCCAAGACUCCCUGUUUUUGAUUUGCUUUGUGUAAGGCAUACGCUUACACCUAAAUAAAUUUAGAAUGUAUAUCAACCCGUUUUUUUACCUUGUACAGUUUGAUAUUUUAUAUGAAAGUACUUUUUAAUAAAAUACUUAGUUUCACUAAGUCGUGUUUGAA